AUGGCAAGUGCAAGCAUAAAAUCAACAGUUGCUCGAAUAACCGGAUUGCCAUAUGCAGAAAUCGAAGAAUUACAAGAAAUCAAGAUUACAAAAUCGGAGCAAAAGAAAGUUUGGAACUUUUUGACAGAAAAGGUGAGGUUUUAUUUGUUCUCAUAAUCAACGCGUUUUGUACACCAUUAAGAAAAAAAAUUCAUUGAGAUUGAGACCAAAAUAAUUUCUAUUUAUAAAAUGACAUUUACAUGAAUGAAUUCUAAUAAUCAAAUAAUAGAAGAAAGAUUUGAGUGGAGGCCAAAAAAACAAAUCAGAAUUCCAUUCCGAUUUCUUCAAGAAAAUUGGUAAUAUUUGAAUUCUUUUCUGGUUUCUCUGAUGUAUAACAAGUUAGAAGAAUAUUGUAUGUUCUGAAAAUCGAGAAGUAUUCACAAAACUCGAAGUAUUUUGAAAAUUUUUGAAACAUUUCAUCAUAUUUUGGCAUUCCUUUUGGAUGAAGUAGAUUUAUUGAAAGUAUACCUGAAAUUUUUUAUAAUGAGUUUCAGUCCUGAAGUUUUUAUUUCUUUACCGUUUGGUUUCAUAACUUUUCGAAGAUCUGCAAUAAAUUCCUCUGUGUUCAAUGAGUCUGGAGGACAUAUCCAUCUAUCAUAGAAUAUAUAUUCAGUACAAACAUCAGCCAAAACUAUAUCGUAAUAAUGGUUUUCUUUAAUCGAUAAUUUGACAUGAUCUUUGACAUCCUGAAGUUUGAAAACAUUCCCAUUUUUCGGCAUAAAAUUGAACCAUUUUCUGCCAAUUCCAACAAUUUGUUCACUCAAUUCGAUUCCAGUAAUAGAUAACUGAAAAUUAUAUAUUUUUAAUUUUGGAUGGAUUUUUUUAAACCUUCUUAAAAUAAUGUUGUAAAUGCAUUAAAACAGUUCCAGUUCCUAAUCCGAAUACCAAUACAUUUCCUUCGAGAUUUGUUGAUAAAUCAAGUUGACCCGAACCGAAUAUUUGUUCUAUAAAUAUUUGGAAAUUUUAGACGAAUUUUGGAAUUUCAGUAUCUUACGAAGUUGUGCUCCAUUUAUCGAAUAAUGAGAAAUAACACUAUGAUCAUUUGUCCAUUUUGAUGUGUCAAUUUCAUUUUGAUCAGUUUCAAGAAUAUGUUUUGUAACAAAUGAGUCAACAUUAUUUUCACUGAAUGUUACCAAUCUUUCCACAUAUGUCUUUUCUGGUAGUUCUACAAGAUUAUCGACAAUAUAUAGACAUUUUUCUUGGCAAAUUUUUUCACUGAAAAAUAUCAUUUUUAAGACCUUCAUUUUUUGUUAAUAACUAUACUGUUCUUUUGAAUACAUUAGGUUUAAACCAAAACUAAUAAUACUUACAGUAAUCGUUGAUUUGUUUUGCUGAAAUGAAUUUGUUUGACCUUUUUCCAGAAAUUCUCCUUCUCUGAUUUAUCCGAUUUCUCCGAACGAUAAUUAUAAAAAAUGGCAGUUAAUAUCACUAUUGAUAACAAAAUUGAAAGUUUUCUUUUGUUUCGUAAAAGCUGUAAAAAUUAAUACAGUGAUCAAAUUCUGAAAAUUGUUACCAUUUAGAAGCCUUGACAAGGAAAUGAUUGAAACUGUUUUCAAAAUUAAAAACCAAACCAAUUCCACGUAAAUAUAGCACGUUUCACGUGAAAAUAGACUCAUGAUGAAUUUGUUUUUGAAAUGUGGGCUAUGAAUAUUUUUCAUUCUGUUUUAGUGAAAUUUUCUGAAUCAAUUAAAAACAUUUUUUUCAAAUUCCAAUUUUUCAAGGCAAACAUCUCCACAAGUCUUCCCGAAAACUGUAAAUCACUAAAAACUGUUCGAAUUUCAAAACAAGAACAACGAAAGGUCAAGGAUUUUUUGCAAAAAAUAAAUAAAACCGAAAAAUGA